AUGCCCGCCACCUACCCGCCGGGACGAAGGUGCCACCGAUGCACUUGUCCAAACUGCAUAGCCUCAGUCACUACUGCCACAUCAGAAGUAGAUCACAGAUCCGCCUUGGGGCUGGGUUUCGAUGAGGCCGAGGGCCGCACCCUGAAACGCAAAUUCCACAUCUGUGCACUCUGUGGUAAGACCUACGGCAAGACAAGUCACCUGACUGCACACCUUCGAUGGCACAACAACGAACGACCCUUUCGCUGUGGUUUCAAAACAUGUGACAAGGCCUUUACGCGCUCUGACGAGCUCCAACGGCACAUCCGUACACAUACGGGGGAGAAGCGUUUCGCUUGCAACAUGUGCGACAAGCGUUUCAUGCGCAGUGAUCAUUUGAGUAAGCACAAGAAAGUGCACGAGUUGUCGCCGUCAGAGAAUCAGGGCAAUCCUCAGGCAGCCUCAUUGGCAGUCGCGGGGACAACCAAAAAACCCUCCUCCUCCUCCACAUGCCCUGCCUGGAGCACCAGUACGUGA